UAUAUCUAUCAACCUUCUUCUUCGCACACUGCUAGCUCCCUUUGCUUCUUCUUCCUCCUCCUCCAAUCGUAAACCCUAGCUCCGUCUAAGGCUUGCUCUUUGAUUUCGAGACGUCAUGACGACGUCGUAUGGAGCUGCCAACACUGCUUUGCUGAAGGACCAGACAAUUCAGUUUCCGACCUUACGCGGCCUCAGGUCCUCCAAUUCUCUUGCUUUAACCCGACACCUGCACUCCGUGUCGGUUCCGUCUUCCAAUCUUUCGCUUAUUAGAGCUGUGGCCACGCCAGCAAAGCCUGACACUGCUUCUCAGACUAAGCGCAGUAAGGUUGAAAUAUUCAAGGAACAAAGUAAUUUCAUUAGAUACCCUCUUAAUGAGGAGAUCUUGACAGAUGCUCCAAAUAUAAAUGAGGCUGCCACACAAUUGAUCAAGUUCCAUGGGAGCUAUCAACAGUACAACAGAGAUGAUCGUGGUCAAAGGAAUUACUCAUUUAUGCUUCGUACAAAGAACCCAUGUGGAAAAGUGUCCAAUAAACUCUACUUGACAAUGGAUGAUCUUGCGGAUCAGUUUGGAAUUGGAACACUUCGUUUGACCACCAGACAAACAUUUCAGCUCCAUGGGGUUCUGAAGAAGGACCUCAAGACUGUUAUGAGCACCAUCAUUAAAAACAUGGGCUCAACUCUUGGUGCAUGCGGUGAUCUCAACAGGAAUGUUCUUGCUCCUGCUGCUCCACUUACAAGAAAAGACUACCUAUUUGCACAGCAAACUGCAGAUAACAUUGCUGCACUCCUUACACCUCAGUCUGGCUUCUACUAUGAUGUAUGGGUGGAUGGAGAGCGAGUCAUGUCGGCAGAACCUCCUGAAGUAGUGAAGGCCCGCAAUGAUAAUUCUCAUGGAACAAAUUUCCCUGAUUCACCUGAGCCCAUUUAUGGAACCCAGUUCUUGCCAAGGAAAUUCAAAGUUGCAGUUACUGUGCCUACAGAUAACUCGGUUGAUAUUCUCACAAAUGAUAUUGGUGUUGUUGUUGUUUCUGAUGAUGAGGGGGAACCUCAGGGAUUCAACAUAUAUGUUGGUGGUGGUAUGGGAAGAACACACAGAUUGGAGACCACUUUUGCCCGUCUUGGAGAGCCAUUGGGUUAUGUGCCAAAAGAGGAUAUACUAUAUGCAGUGAAAGCUAUUGUUGUUACGCAGCGAGAAAAUGGAAGAAGAGAUGAUCGGAAGUAUAGUAGAAUGAAAUAUUUGGUCAGCUCCUGGGGGAUUGAAAAGUUUAGAAGUGUUGUUGAGCAAUAUUAUGGAAAAAAGUUUGAACCUUUCCGUGAAUUGCCAGAGUGGGAAUUUAGAAGUUACUUGGGAUGGCAUGAGCAGGGUGAUGGCAGUUUGUUUUGCGGGCUUCAUGUGGAUAAUGGUCGAAUUGGGGGGAAAAUGAAGAAGACAUUACGGGAGAUAAUAGAGAAGCAUGAUUUGAGCGUGCGGCUCACACCAAACCAGAACAUAAUCCUGUGUGAUAUUCGCAAGGCAUGGAAGCGUCCCAUAACUACAGCACUUGCACAGGCUGGUCUUCUGCAACCUCGGUUUGUAGACCCUCUCAACAUAACUGCAAUGGCAUGCCCGGCCUUUCCACUUUGCCCACUUGCAAUAACUGAAGCUGAACGGGGAAUACCUAACAUCAUCAAGCGGGUCCGGGCAGUAUUUGAGAAGGUUGGUCUCAGGUACAAUGAAUCCAUUGUUUUAAGGGUAACAGGUUGCCCCAACGGUUGUGCUAGACCAUACAUGGCUGAGCUUGGUCUGGUUGGUGAUGGUCCCAACAGCUAUCAGGUCUGGCUUGGUGGAAAACCCAAUCAAACUUCACUAGCAAGAAGCUUCAUGGAUAAGGUUAAGGUUCAAGACCUUGAAAAGGUUUUGGAACCAUUAUUUUAUCAUUGGAAACGCAGAAGGCAAUCCAAAGAAUCAUUUGGCGAAUUCACAAUCCGCAUGGGAUUUGAGAAACUUAAAGAGUUGGUUGACAAAUGGGAAGGUCCAGUGCUAGCACCAUCGCGAUACAACCUUAAGCUUUUUGCUGAUAAGGAGACAUAUGAGGCUGUGCAUGAACUUGCAAAACUGCAGAACAAGAAUGCGCAUCAGUUAGCCAUGGAAGUCAUCCGCAAUUUUGUUGCUUCCCAGCAAAAUGGAAAGGGUGAAUGAGUUUGCUAUGUAAGUCAUUUUUAGUUGUUUUCCUGCUUAACGAAUUGGCCAAGGGGAAUGACUAAUGAGGAACCAUCCUUUGUCCUGUCUGAACUGUUAGUCUUCGGUAACAGUUGGAGGGAGCGGAUGCUGGUUUGGUAUCAUUUUUGUACCAAAUUCUCUUUGUUUUCGUUUUGCCGCAACCCUAUAUGUAUUAUUUGUCGGAAUUUUGUAUCCAGUUUGCCAUUUCGUUGAGUGUUAUUUAAUGUUGCUUCAUAA